GGAGUCCGGGGAAAGCCUGUGCGUUUCCGUCCUGCAGCGUCCACCUUCGGAAGACCCAGCUGCUACCGCUGUGAUCUGAGGCCCUGUGGGAACAAAUCUUAGCUCCAUGUUGUCCACAGACACCGUCUCCCACAGGACUUUCAAAAGCUUUUUUCUUUCUCCUUUUAAGAAACACAGGAACUUAGGAGAGUCGCCGCGUUGAGGUGUUCUGAGGGUCCAGUGCCCGUCAGGAAGUAUUCAUUUAUUUUUUCCCACCAACCGAUUAUCUUUGACGCUUCCUGAAUGAUUCCCCAAAUAAAAAUUUCCAGAACCUUUUGAAUUAGAGGCGUCUCAGAGCCAGACAAGGCUUCGAGAGCUGCCAUGUCACUUGCUUUUGCACUUCAGGAGUUUCAGGCCCACAGAGGCAGACCGUGUGUUGGGGGCGCUGGCGGGAAAUGGCCGCAAGCAGUGAGACCCUGAGAGCCGCUCCGUGUGGGCAACAGCGGGUGCUGCUGGGAACGCCUGCCGGCACCUCGACCCUGAGGAUACGCAGUGUGGACACGGGAGCCUUCGUCCAGACGCCGGGGCUUCUGCUCCUUCGCACAGUGCCCCAGGUUAAUAUGGUGGAUGAAAGUCUUUAAAAAGCUUCAAACUGAGUUUAUCUCUGCCCUCUGGAGUUUCUGGCCUGCCAGUUCGCAAAUCGGCGUCUUCGAAAUGAGCCGACCGCCCACGUGGGCGAUGACGUGUGUGCUUGCUGAGUUGACGCGAAGCUUUGGAAGGGGUAGAAGUGGGGAUCUGAGAAACUUCGACUCUGCUCCCGUUUUUGAUUUUCUUUCAACAAGAAUAAGGUGACGUGGCCCCGAGUGGUGCCAGCAGGAGCUACGUGAGCCUCGGUGUGGUCUCAGCGUGGUGCCUGUGCCUGCAUCUGUCCUCUCGUCCUGCGCCCUCGAGACACAUGGCCAGGCGUCUUUAGACGGAGGCGGAGAAGGCCCUGGGGAGGCGCGAGUGUGUCUGAGACGUUUGUUUUACAGAAUGGACUUAAAUUGGACAUCCGCCGUCUGGAUGGACAGCUGCCACUCAUCCCUCCCGGCUCCCUCCCGAUUCUCUGGUAAACUGGGCCAUUAGGCUUGCCGCUGGGGUGUGCUCCGAGCUGCCAGCAGAGCAGUCACAGCUGGGGUUCAGUUAUGACCUCCAGAUCGACCCCGGCAAACAAGGAGUCCGGCACCACGGCCAUGAGUCCGGCACCACGGCCAUGAGUCCGGCACCACGGGCGUUUUCUGCAGGGCCAGCCGGGAACCGGCUCGACUUCCUUCAAGUGCGUUCAGGUGGUGUCUCUGGGCUUGAGGGAGGGAGACAUGGACCCAGCUUAGGUGCCUCUGGGACGCUUCUCUUAACUGGCAAUUCAAACAGCUGGAGUUCACAGUCAAAUCAUGUCCACGAGAAAGAGCUCUUUCCUUUAAUUCUGGCGCCAACUUUGACCUAAUAUCAUAACAUAAAAUUCAAAAUAAAAAGGGACUCAGUGGAUAAAUGAAUAAGCAAGACGAGGUCCCUCUGCACGAUGGAAAGUUAUUCAACCUGAAAAAAGAAGGGGAAUCUAGUCAGCGGCCACAGCAGGGCCACCCUGGAGGGCACUGGCUGAGCGGAGUGAGCCGGAAGGACACGUCCCGUGGAUCCUGCCGACGUGAGGCCCAGAGCAGUCAGAUCCAGAGACAACGUGGGGCGAGGGCCGCUGGAGACGCAGGAGGGGAUGGGAGCGAGUGUUGAACGGGGACCGAGUCUCCGUUUCGCAGGAUGAGAGUGUUCCGGAGAGGAUGCUGGUGAUGGUUGCACAGCUCGGUGAACGUGGUUAAUGCCACGGAACUGUGCACUCGAGCAGGUCUGAGAUGGAAAAUUGUAUGUUAAAAUAAAGGGACUAAUGCGGAGAAAACAAAGUGAGACACAGGAAUCCCGAGUCCCAGGCUGGCGGGUCCCUGCUUGCGCCACUUGCAUUUCAGGGUGGCGUGUCCGUUGCCUUUCGGCGAGAGAAUGUCCCGAGUGUGUACACGUGGUGUGUGCAUCCACAUUGUGACUUGCGGUGGCAAAAAAACCAAGCCUUUGUAGAGAGUGGUGAAGCCAAAAACCUUCCCUCUUACCCAGGGCCAAGCAAGAUGAGGGAUUGCUACUGCACGGUGAACCUGGACCAGGAGGAGGUGUUCCGGACCAAGAUUGUGGAGAAGUCACUCUGCCCCUUUUACGGAGAAGACUUUUACUGUGAAAUUCCUCGGAGCUUUCGUCACCUAUCCUUCUACAUUUUCGAUAGAGACGUUUUCCGGAGGGAUUCCAUCAUAGGGAAGGUGGCCAUCCAGAAGGAGGACUUGCAGAAGUACCACAACAGGGACACCUGGUUCCAGCUGCAGCACGUGGACGCCGACUCGGAGGUGCAGGGCAAAGUGCACCUGGAGCUGCGGCUGAGCGAGGUCAUCACAGACACUGGGGUCGUCUGCCACAAGCUCGCCACACGCAUCGUCGAGUGCCAGGGCCUCCCCAUCGUGAAUGGGCAGUGCGACCCCUACGCCACCGUGACACUGGCAGGACCCUUCAGAUCGGAAGCAAAGAAGACAAAAGUAAAGCGGAAGACCAACAACCCCCAGUUCGAUGAAGUGUUUUAUUUUGAGGUGACCCGGCCCUGUAGCUACAGCAAGAAGUCUCACUUUGACUUCGAGGAAGAAGACGUGGACAAGCUCGAAAUCAGAGUUGACCUCUGGAAUGCCAGUAACCUGAAGUUUGGAGAUGAAUUCCUGGGAGAACUAAGGAUCCCGUUGAAAGUCCUGCGGCAGUCCAGCUCCUACGAGGCAUGGUACUUCCUGCAGCCCCGGGACAACGGUAGCAAGAGCCUAAAGCCAGACGAUCUGGGCUCCCUGCGGCUGAACGUGGUAUACACGGAAGACCACGUGUUUUCUUCUGACUAUUACAGCCCUCUCCGGGACCUGCUGUUGAAGUCUGCGGACGUGGAGCCCGUGUCAGCAUCUGCGGCCCACAUCCUGGGCGAGGUUUGCCGGGAGAAGCAGGAGGCAGCCGUCCCGCUGGUGCGGCUCUUGCUACACUACGGCAGGGUGGUGCCCUUCAUCAGUGCCAUUGCCAGCGCGGAGGUGAAGCGGACCCAGGACCCCAACACCAUCUUCCGAGGAAACUCGCUGGCGUCCAAGUGCAUCGACGAGACCAUGAAGCUGGCGGGGAUGCACUACCUGCAUGUCACGCUAAAGCCCGCCAUCGAGGAGAUAUGCCAGAGCCACAAACCCUGUGAAAUAGACCCCGUGAAGCUGAAAGAUGGAGAAAACCUUGAAAACAACAUGGAAAACCUACGGCAGUAUGUGGACCGCGUCUUCCACGCCAUCACCGAGUCCGGGGUGAGCUGCCCGACCGUCAUGUGCGACAUAUUCUUCUCGCUGCGGGAGGCGGCAGCUAAGCGCUUCCAGGGUGACCCGGACGUCAGGUACACCGCAGUGAGCAGCUUCAUCUUCCUGAGGUUCUUUGCGCCUGCCAUUCUCUCCCCCAACCUCUUCCAGCUCACGCCGCACCACACGGACCCCCAGACGUCCAGGACGCUGACGUUGAUCUCCAAGACCGUUCAGACCCUCGGCAGCCUGUCCAAGUCCAAAUCUGCGAGUUUUAAGGAGUCCUACAUGGCUACAUUUUAUGAAUUCUUCAAUGAGCAGAAAUACGCUGAUGCGGUGAAGAACUUCUUGGAUCUGAUUUCGUCCUCGGGGAGAAGAGAUCCCAAGAGUGUCGAGCAGCCCAUCCUGCUUAAAGAAGGGCUCAUGAUCAAGAGGGCGCAAGGACGGAAGCGCUUUGGGAUGAAGAAUUUUAAGAAGAGAUGGUUUCGCUUGACCAACCAUGAAUUUACCUACCACAAAAGCAAAGGGGACCAGCCUCUCUACAGCAUUCCCAUCGAGAACAUCCUGGCAGUGGAGAAGCUGGAGGAGGAGUCUUUCAAAAUGAAAAACAUGUUCCAGGUCAUCCAGCCGGAGCGCGCGCUGUACAUCCAGGCCAACAACUGCGUGGAGGCCAAGGACUGGAUCGACAUUCUCACCAAAGUGAGCCAGUGCAACCAGAAGCGCCUCACUGUCUACCACCCGUCCGCCUACCUGAGUGGCCACUGGCUGUGCUGUAGGGCGCCCUCGGACUCGGCUCCAGGCUGCUCGCCCUGCACCGGCGGCCUCCCAGCCAACAUCCAGCUGGACAUUGACGGGGACCGUGAGACAGAGCGUAUCUACUCCCUCUUCAACUCGUACAUGAGCAAGCUGGAGAAGAUGCAGGAGGCCUGUGGGAGCAAAUCCGUGUACGAUGGCCCGGAGCAGGAGGAGUAUUCGACAUUCGUCAUUGACGACCCCCAGGAGACUUACAAGACACUGAAGCAGGUCAUCGCUGGUGUCGGGGCUUUGGAGCAGGAGCACGCCCAGUAUAAGAGGGACAAGUUCAAGAAGACGAAAUAUGGAAGCCAGGAGCACCCCAUCGGAGACAAGAGCUUCCAGAACUACAUCCGGCAGCAGUCCGAGACCUCCACUCAUUCCAUUUAAAGUCUGCGGGACGCGCCCAGUGGCGCCAGUGAGCUGCCCGUGCAGAGCCGCAGCCUUUGGGAGGGAGAAGAGAAGGAAAAGCACAGAGCCAGCACAUGAGACGCAGCCGCUGGGCCCAUGGACAAGUGGUGCUGGGGCUUCGCUCUCCAGAACCGCCGCCACCCCCCACAGAAAGCCCACCUGGCCUGGUGGACCGUGUCGUCCUUCGGUUCUGUGCUUUUGGCUCUUUGUUUGUGGGGUUCUGGGGAUCAGCUGAAGGAUCAGGAAGUGGGGGCUGUGCUCUAGCCGCAGCCAGCCUCAGGGAGCCGUGGCCCGUCCAGUCGGCUGUGACCUGCAUCUCCAUCCGUGUGUGCGUCUGUCUCACGUGCACGUCUGUCUUGCGUGCACGGUGCGUGUGGCACUGGGCUCUGUGGCUCUGUGCCCGUGGGGCCUGCUGGCCCCGUCUUGGCUUUCGGCUUCAUCACAUUGGGACGUUCAGAGCAUUACUCUCCCACUGUGCCUGGUGUCCAGGCGGCGUGGGAGGCGGCCUCCCUGUUCACUUUUGAGGUUCGUUUGAUUCCUGGCUGAAGAGUCAGUUUUGUGGCUGGGAGGUGCAGAACUACACAGAAAUCCCAGUCUGAGGAUGUCCUUGGUGCUUGGGGGAUACGAGUUCUGUCCACAGAGUCCCUUGGAGGGAAAAGUGUGGGCUCCAGCUUCUCCAGGUGUUUGCUGAGCCCACAGUUGAAGCCCCCAUUGUUUUGCUGUUCAAUGGGGUUUAAUAUCAGAAUUAACAUCUGCCACCCCCCGUGGAAGUUUGAAGAUUUUUAAAACAGAAAUGUGCAUUUUUCAAGCUGUUUUUCUUUAUGUUUUUUAAGGACCAUUUUUAAUUAGCUCUUUGAUACAAAGUAACUCAGAACGUCAAAACCUAUACCCACUAAAGGGAAGGCUGCUGGGAAGGCAAAUGGAACAGGAACGGAGGCUGUCUCAGGAAGGCCAGCUGCAGGUCCUCAAGAAAAUCAAAGAAGGGAAGAAAUUCUGAGUUUGAGGUAGAGGGGCUUCAGGGGUGCAGAUGUCCCUCCGGGGCCCAUGGUCAGUAUUGCGCCUGCGUCAUGAACCCCCAGAUGCUGUGCAGGGCAGGGGCGGGGCUGCUGUUUUACUGGGGAGGGAGCAUCCUAAAAUUGGGGUCCAGGCAGACCCCUCCAGACCUCACACCGCCGAGGAGGCCUUUCCCACAGGGCGUCCUCCCGGGAUGCAGACAGCAGGGGUGUGGGAAGCGCCGUUUGAAUACACAGCACGACGUACCCUUGUACUGACUUCUCCCGGUUCUUGUUUGAAAAUGCUGUAGUUCAGACUCUUAAUCUCCGUGGCAGAUAUGAACUUUGUUGUCACAAAACUAGUGGAGGAAAAUGUUGUAAAUAUAGACUUUUGGACACACAGCUGUUGGGGCUGCAAUUUUUACCUUGGAUUUAUAACUUAACGUUUCUGUUUAUAAAAUACUAGUGAUUUGCAAUGUAUUUUACUGGCCAAUUAAAACAGAUGUUUUAUUCUUUCUGA